AGCAGAGGCGCAUGCUGGUGACGUAGUUCCGCUUUUUUUCCGCCCACAUUAAGCAUAGAUUUAUCUAUUUCCGCCAGCGGACGAGUCGCAGGGCAGUUGAGUCAUGACCAUUCGUUUUCGCUCGUUUGGUUUUCUUGUUAUCGCGGCGCUAUCAGGAGAUGGAAAUAAAAAGAGAGACAGAAUCCCCCCCAGACACCCUGCAGGGCCCCUUUGCGGAGCAGGGGGACGAGGAGGAAGAGCUGCCACAUGCAGAAGUUGUUGAUAUAUUCCAGGAAGGCCUGGCUAUGAUGGUACAGGACCCUCUGCUGUGCGACCUGCCUAUUCAGGUUACACUGGAAGAAAUAAAUUCGCAAAUCGCACUCGAGUUUGGCCAGGCAAUGACUGUCCGUGUGAGUAAGGCGGACGGAGAGGUGAUGCCUGUAGUUGUCGUGCAGAAUGCCACUGUGCUUGAUCUAAAACGAGCGAUCCAGAGAUACGUUCAGCUAAAGCACCAACGGGAAGGAGGAAUCGAGCACAUCAGCUGGAAAUAUGUCUGGAGAACUUAUCACUUGUCCUUCUCUGGGGAAAAGCUGGAAGAUAAUGAUAAAACCCUUCGUGAGUACGGCAUUAAAAAUCGUGAUGAGGUUGUUUUUAUAAAGAAGCUGAAAAAAAAGUAACAAUUACAGGUCAUAUUUCUGAAGCAUGCCCUUACUGGAAAUGGAAAUACUACACUUUCCAGGGGUGAAUUACAGGAAAAGUAAAAAAUGAAAUAAUGAAGAUAUUCACAUAACAAUAUUAUCAGUACUACAACGGAUGUACUAAUCAUAUUUGGGCUCAGGAGCAGGAAAACUGACACUUUAUAUUUUCUGAUGAGAGAAAAUCUCUCAGACUCAGGAAUAAAAAUCUAAUAUAUUAAAAAAGCAUGAACGGAAGAAUUGUCUAGACAACUGCAGAGAUUCAUGAAUACUGGGAACCUGACCUGUCUUGAAUGGGUUAAACCAAAGCUCCUCAAUCUCCAGUGCCUCUAGCAGAGGAGAUAUGGGGUGCCCUGACCUGGGGAUCAGGUGACUGAACUAAUGAACAGCCCAGGAAAGGCCUCAUCUCUUAGGGAAUUAGCGGAGAACCGCAUUGUUUGACUACAUUUAUACCUGUAUGUGAAUCCUUAUUGUCUGAUCAUCUGACUUAUAAAACUAUUUGUAGUUAU